CUCAAGCGUUUCCGGAUUUCGGAGCGAGUUUCGCAAAUUGCUUUCUAGUAUGCGAGUGAAGAGGCUUCGCUUGUGCCUUGCCAAGGAGGGGCCAGCUGAAUAUGCUCAUCUUCGGCCCUUACCUAAGGUCAGACAGAACCCUCCGCCAGCAAGCGGAUAUGACAUUUCCUCUGCGGAUGCGUUAGUGGCCAGUGUCAGGCAUGCUUGUGGUAGUCAGCAGCUGGGUCCUUCCGAUGUCCUUGUUUUCCAAUCCAAUCAGGCUGACGAGACAAUGGGCACCUGGGUAAGUGUUGCAACAAUAGAUGAUUUCAGCAAGCUCAGGUGCAUACUUUUGAAGGGGAAGCAGGAACUCGUUUUGUAUGUUGGAUUUCCAGAAUCAUUGCAAGGGAUGGAUACCGUUCACAUAAAUAUUUUUCAACAUGGGCUGGAUUACAUCGAAGAUGGCUCGGGCACAAGCAGGUCAACUGCAAUGCUUGUGCACACACUGAACCGCAUCAAAAACCAAUUGGCAAGAGAUUCUGGAUCAGAUGGCAUGGGUGGGUGGAACUCAGUUUUUCAGGAGUUUCACAAGUACACUUCCCCGGCUUUCAAGCUGAAUGGGGUUCCCGGUGCUGACGUGCAGCAAUUGGAGGCCAACGAUGUUCAAGUAAAUCACAGGUAUGGCAGAGUGAAACUUUCUUUGGAAAAGGGUGAAGGAGCCAGGCCCCUGAAAGGAGUCAUGCUCGGAAGGCUAGCCUAUCCUUCAUUCCGCGAUUGCUCAGACUCUCAACCCUACAAGCACCUGAAUCCUGAGAUUCAUGAGAAGUUGACACCGCACGUUCUGCAGCGCUUGAAGUCCAUGGAGGUUCUUGCUGUAUUUGCCUUCAGGCCCAAAGGUGCCAACCAAGAUGAGCAUUCUGUCAGGCUUGAUUUUGACAGGGCCUUCAGCUCUGAGACUCAACCCAUACUUUUGGACUUUGUCGAAUUGGACACUGAAGCGGGCUUGGAUAGCAAAGUGCUGCUUGAUAUAGUUCCUGAACCUCUGCAGGCUUUUCUGCAGGCUCUAAUCUUGAAGGAACCGUUCGUAUUGGUAACGGAUGGGAAUGCAGAUUGCACCUGGUGUCAAGUAUUCAGGAGCAGUGCUCUUAAGGGUGUGGACACAUACACUUGUGUCCCAUGUGUCCUGCAGCACUACCCCAAGAAAGUGGACAUGGGAGAGUUUCAAGAGGACACAGUGGCCCGAUCUGGCUUGCAAGAGUUUUGGCAUGCGUGGGCAUGGAUUCUCCACCACAACGGUAUGCUCAGAGGCCCUCUGAACGCAACUCAGAUCCGUUUGUUGAGAUCGCGCCUUGAGGUCUUGGAGAACUUCCCAGUCACACGUGCUUUGGUUGAUGAUCUGUGCUUGCCCUUCACCACAAAGUCGACCGAUGGUUUGCGAGGAGUAUUGCUGCAUGGACCGCCCGGGACUGGAAAGACAUCCUUGCUUCAUCACUUCAGAGACGCUGGUUUUUAUGAACUUUUUUGGGGUGUUACUGCCCACAUCAACACACAAUAUGUUGGAGAGACGGAGAAGGUGCUCAAAUCCUUGGCCAAUUCAGCUGCAACCCGCGCCCACUUGCUUCAUGUUUUCUUCUUUGACGAGAUUGAGACUCACGCUCGCAAACGGACUUUGCAGGAUAGCAAGGAGUCCAACAAACGUGAUGUCCUGUCCGUAUUGCUGGGCAUCGUGGGCAGAGCAGGUAUUGUAGUUCUUGCUUGUACGAAUUUCCUGCACCAGCUGGACGAUGCAAUGGUUCGACCUGGUCGCCUAGAGAAAUGGAUCCCAGUCCUUCCUUUCAGCUUCGAAGAGAGGUUGAAUUUCUUCGCGGAGAAGGUGCUGAGCGUCUUCGAUGGUGCUGGGAAAGGCUUGUGUCGGCCUUCUGGAUGGAGUGUUGCCGACUUGAUGGAUUCGACUGUUGCGGACUUGGAUCUCUUGCGUCGCAAGAGUGGAAUUCUCAUGGCGAAAGUGAAUGAAUCUGGGAUGAGUCAGGUGAGACAAAUCAGAUCUUUGCGAAGCGAAUGGCAGCCAGCUGCGGCUAGAUCUGUCUUUCACAUGCUAAUCUCUAAAGCUAGCAUCAGCUCGGGAGUUGCUUUUGCUUUAGCAAGUUUUUGGCCGAUGGGAAUUGCCUGCCCUGUUACCACAUGAAUUUCCACAGCUAUGGGCCCUCCCCCUUUCGAUUCCUUCCUGCCCUCUUUGCCCCUUUUUGAGGUGGCCUUGCGAGCUUUCUUCAAGUACUCCAUGGUAAUAGCAAUAUUCAUCAACAGAAAGAUCCAACCCCAUAGUGUGCUUUGCUGCUUGAGUUUACAGCAGGAUCGGAAACCGCUCCAAUCUUUUCUGCUGGGGGUAGCAAAGUCAAUGGAUGCACAGAUGCACAUGGUGUUUUGCUUCCAAGGCUUGUUCACAGGUUCGACCCAUAGCUACAUGGUCAAAUGGCCUGUAAGUAUUUGUGGGUGGGCUCUAUUCCAAAGUGUGAAAUGACAGGCACUGCGCAAGGCACAGUUUUGUUUGUUUUAUGCCACCUAUGCCGUAUGUUUCUUUUUCCCGCAACCUUCCGGCCUGGUGACAGGCGGAGCUCAACAAAAACUUUUGCGACCUGAUGCAGGAAGAGCGGGCCAAAUCUCGGAUGAAGCUGCCACCGCAUCAGACGCGCUUGGAUUUCUUGGGAAUAUUUAUUUGUCAAGUGUUCCUGGCGCAAGCGGAACAUCUAAUUUUCGAUCUUUGUAAAGGUACCAUUCAUUUGAUUUCAGUGGGCCAGCGAGGCCACAAGUCUAUGGAAUUGGUGCUGGGUCCAGGUUGGUUGGACCGGAGACUUGCUUCUGCCUAUUUGGCCAACUACGCUACUAUACGCCGAAUGGCGAUGGUGGUCCCAUUAAAUGCAGACACCUGGAAUGACCAGAAAGAAAAUUUCGCUUUCUACCUCCGCGAAGUCGAGGAAAUGAUGGGCCAUUUUCGCAAACGUGGACAUUCCUGCCUCCUGGUGCUGGACUACGAGUCACUUUCAGGUCUUGUAAAGGAAGGUGGCUCAGCUUCGCGAAAUGAUGGAGUUUCAAGUGGGCAAGGUGAAACAAAGACCACCUCCCACACCACCUCUAGGAGUGCUACGAGCACCAUCAACCGUGCAGAGACAGAAAGCGAGUCAGCAACUCAAGGAGUCACUCAGACUUCUGGAUAUUCCAAAAGUGAAGGUGGCACGACGUCAUGCGGGAUCAGCGCCUCCAAGAAUGAUUCGACAUCCACCUCAACUGGGGUUGGAACAUGCGGUUACGUCCCAAUUCCUACCCUGUCAAAGGGUUGGAGCAGUUCGACAACAAACAGUACAUCGCAAUCGCAGGCAAAGUCUUGGUCGUUGGCGCAAUCGGGUUCAGCCGGAAAGUCGCAAACCGAAGCCAAAUCCAAGGCAAACACGUUUGGAGCAGCAAUUUCGCAAGGAGGAGGCGAGUCUCAUGGUCACUCCACAGGUGAGACAACAAACUACACCACUUCUCAAUCUUCAACAGAAGGAGUUACUCUCAGGCAUGUGAGGGCCGAGGCAGUGAGUGAUGUUGUGGACAAAUUUUGCAAAAAGAGAGGAGAAGACUUUCCAAUGGCCAUCCUCACAGAGUUCCCAGACCUAUGCGACUUGCCGUUCCUGCAAUGGCCUCCUUUGUUCGAAGCAGAUGAAGAGGAAGAAACGAGUGGAAGCAUUAUGGCUGAGCUCCUGCUCUCAGCAUUUCCUGAGGUCAUGCCUGUGCAGCUGCAUGUCUUCACUGACAUUGACAGCUACACAGAACUUGGAGAAACCAUUGGAGCGAAGGAGCCCCUCUUGGAUUGGCAACAUCCCACUGGAAAUUCUGAGGAGGGGCUCAAGCGUAUCGAAGUCUCAAACAUUUGUAUUCAACUUGACACUGCGGGAUUGGUAAGACAUUCCAGGCUUCUUGACAUCGCUUUCAGUCUGGCGGAAAUUAGUGAUGGAAGAUGCUCCACACAUUCACAGUGUUCAACUCAGUAUCAAGUCUCUGUCUCCACGCGAACGCAAACGUACAAGAGCCCUUACAAAGAUGCCAAAGGAUUCAGCCAUUGUCGCAACUUUCUCGAUAAGGUACUUGUGACAGAUGUUGAGUUGAUCGAGAUUGGUUUUAAAGAACAAGUCAUCGUGGAAGCUGUGCAAGUGUUGACCUGUGCUGCAGGCCAGGAAGCCUUUCCAUUAAAAAACUCUAUGCUGCCGCUAUAUAGAGGUGAGAAAGAGGGAGAUUUGUUUGGAACUACACAAGGUGAGAAAUGACACGGAAUACAGAGAAUUAGACAGAGCCAGUCUGAGAAGCUUUUCGGAUCCUGCGGCAGAGUGAAGAUGACAGGAAAAAGGAAGAGAGGCCUGUCGGUGAGUGACAUCGUUUGCUUGUUUUGAACAACUUGCUGGAAAGCAUCUAGCCGA